CGUCGGUGAAUGAAUGGCAUGACCUGACGGACGCACCCAGAUAGAGUAGUUUGCAGCUGGUAAGACUACACACACACACACACACGCGCGCGCGCUCCCUCUUUUGCCUCGAGCCCCGUCUACUUUCACUGUCGUGUAUAUACACUGCCCUGUCCUGUUGUCGUCAUUGUUGCUGUCGCCCUCGUCCCACGUAUCAGAUCUGCCCCCCUCCCCUCCCCUCCCCUCUUGGCCGCAAUGGCUUCAGACGCCUAUGGCAGCCCCGAUGACGGGCUGGAGCUGGAGAGAAUCGCCGUUGGCCCUUACUGUGUGUUUGACGACUUUCGACUGCCCCCAAGCCCCCAGCCGACUGGCCCGGCCGCACUAGAUCCAGGCGGGAACGCGAACAAGAUGGAGGAUCCCAUCAUGUCCAGCGACUUUCCCUUUGGCAACAUGCGCGGGCCCUGGCUCUCCACCGCUGCCGACAACAUGACGCUGCCUGCCACGGCCGACGACGACAUGUCCAACUGGAACGAGUGGAUGCAAUACGACCCCGCCGCCGCGUCUCAGAACUCCCAGACCGUCGACUCCAAGCCUGCCAACCUUCCUGCGCCCCCAUCCUACCUCAAACCCGACCAGCAACAACCGCCUCCUCCUGCUCCUCUCGCCAACCGCCACCAGCAAUCGCAGUCGCUGCAGUCCAACAACAUCCCUACCACCACCGCCUCCAUGUUUGCGCAAUCGAAUGGCGUCCCCUUUGCCUUUGGCCAAAGCGCCGCCGACAUGCAAUCCUCCUUCGACUUCAACGCCAACGUCAACGCAUUGAGCUCACCGCUGACGGGACAAGUCUCGCAGCAGGACGGCUUCUACUCGCCCACCAUGUGGCAGCAGCAACAGCAGCAACAACAGCAGCAGCAGCAGCAGAUGGCCACAGAAAAUGCCCUCUUCUCGCCAGAGCGGUACACCCAACCGGGCUUUGUCGCUCCCCCGCCGCCUGUCUCCACCCCGAGUCUUCACCACAGCCCCAGCUCGCUCAACAACGGACGAGCCAGCUCGGCAUCGUCGUCGCAUUCCUCGCCAGAACCUGUCGCACGCUCCAAGAAGAGGAAAUCGCCUUCCGACGACGAGGACUUUGAUUCCAUGCCGUCGUCGGGCAAGAAAGACAAGGGACAGCCACCCAAGAAGACGGCGCACAACAUGAUCGAGAAGCGGUAUAGGACCAAUCUCAACGACAAGAUUGCCGCCCUACGUGACAGCGUACCCAGUCUCCGCGUCAUGUCACGUCCCAAUGGCACGGAAGAGGACGACGACCCCGAAGAUCUUGAAGGUCUCACCCCAGCCCACAAGCUGAACAAAGCCACGGUGCUCUCCAAAGCGACCGAGUACAUCCGGCAUCUGGAAAAACGCAACAAACGCAUCUCAGAUGAGCUGGACACGCUAAAGGGACGGCUAGAGAGCUACGAGAAAAUGGCCAUCUCAGGACCCAUGUCACUUCAUGGCAUUGUCGGCACCCCUGAUGGGACAAGGUACCAAGAAGACCCCUUCUCGCAAACACAUGGACUGCCUCUAUCAGGACCGCCCCAAGGAAUGAUUCCUGUCCCAGACAACAUCGCCGCGCUCCAGCGUGGACUGCCACCGCAACAACACUAUGCACAUGCCUAUCCCCCGUACGCAGGCGGCGCCCGUCAAGCCGUCGGGCCGCCAAUGGUCAACGGGCGACGCAACAACGCAAUGCUCGGCAAGCUCAUGGUCGGCUCUCUCGCCGGCCUGAUGAUCCUGGAAGGAAUUGUCGAGCGCGAGCAAUCACAAGAAGAGCCAGCCGGCCGUGGUCUAUUCGCCUUACCGAUCAACCUUGCCAGCACCCUUGCCCCUCGCGCCUCGUUCGGCGCCUCGACCGCUCAGAUUCCUCUCGCCAAACUUCUCCUUGUCUUUGGCGCCUUCUUCUACCUAGUCGCUCCCUUACUUGACUUCAAGUCCAAGCCGAAGAAGAAGGCCGCGCCAGCAGUACUCCUGACACCAGCGCCAUCACUCGCGUUCCCUGUCGAGGUACGUCGAAAGGCGUGGCUCACCGCUAUUCAGACCGUCUGGGUUCCUCAGCACAAUUUCAUCCUUGAAGUCGCCGCCUUGGGCCUGAAGACGCUGAAGCUUAGCACACGUAAAAUCAUCGGCUGGCCAGGAUACGCCUAUCUCACGGGCCUGACCAAGGAACAAGAAGCAGCUCGGCUCAAGGCGUGGGAAAUCGCGCUGGACGCCCAGCUUACGGGAGGCGAUGCAGAGAUCAGCAAGAGUCGUCUGGUUCUGACAUUGAUGGCUUCGGGAACGCUGCCUGACACGCCAGCUCGGCUUAUGCUGAAAGCGUUGCACAUCCGGGUUCUUCUUUGGGAAAUCGCCAACACGGGUCACGGCUCCUGGUGGAUCAUGGACAUUUUGAGCGCUAAGCUAGCCAGAAGCUACUGGAAUACAGCACGAAGCGAACAUCGAAUCGCCUUGAAUCUAGCAUUGAAGCAGGGCCAUGAAGCCGAGCCUCUACCUGAGCAUCUAGCCGCCCUCAUUGAGCGCGAGUGCGAUGAGGUGCUGGUUCCUGCCAUCGUACAGCGUGCCUAUAACCUUGCCUGGAACCGACCAAGCGCAGAGAAAACAGUCGUCGAUACUUCCAUGGACGGCGUUGUCGAGGACUUUGCCAUUUGCUCGCCUCUAGACGCGCUUGCGGCCUGGUACUCGAGCCUUGUGCUCAACAAGGGACUUGCCAGUACCCUUGCCACAAAGAGCACCUCACCCAAGGAGGGUGUCAUCGCUGAUAUGGACCUCGCCCUUCAAUGCGCUCCUCCCAACUCACAGGCCCAAUUGCGUGGUCUGGUCACACAGGCAGUUGUACUAGACGAUGACCGCGAGGAACGCAUCACGGCCGCACUCAAUGCGUUACCAUCUACUCCACGACCUGCCGACGCUGGUUUCAUGAACCUCGUCGGCGAAGGUCAUGUUGCAACCGAUGUCCGCAAAGCCCUUACCUUGGCCAAGUGCCUCUCCCUGAUCGAGUCAUGCUCGCCGAGCGCACGUCAACGUGCCACCUUUGUCGUCAACAACACACGCCUCCCCGAAAUCACCACGACGCUCCUCAGCUUUGUCGCUGGGUACAAGGUCAUGACGCGUUUCAUGCAGGACCCCUCGCUUCAGACGGAGACCAGCGCUGGCCUCGAGCGCAUCGCGUGCUCGUUGCGCAUGUGGGUUGGUCACGAGACGGGCCGCCGUAGCGGACUCUCCAACAAAGUGCGAACUCGCAUUGUUGGUAGUUGUUUGGACGCAAGCAAGGCCCUUGUCGGUCUUUCGGAAAUGCAAGGAGAUGGAGAUGUGGAUGACGGGUAUGUGAGCUCGAGCGUCAAGGACGACUGAGCAUUCUCCCCGGUCAAAAUUAGGGAUUUGGUUUUGUUUUUGGUUGGUUCGGUAGGUACAUGGAUAUGUUACCCCCACUGGCGUUUUAUUGACGGACUACCACGGAAGGAUACCGAGGGCGUGUUCUAUCAUUACGGAGUAUUUGGUUAUCCGCUCGAAAAAGAGCGACGAUGACUUACUGGGAGCGGUUAUCUUUUUUUAUACUUUUGUAGUAGACGUAUGCCUUAGAUGAACUGACUCGUCAUGUUUGCUCUGCAGCGAAGUCGGCUCUGUAUAGUUUAACUUUCA